GCGUGCCAGUCUGAACGGCACACUAUGUAUGUGAACUUCUCUUGUGUGUCUGUCCACGACUCAGCUAGCUCUGAGUAUUCUUCAAUUGUCAGGCAAGGCUUCGUUGUUACGUGGACUAAGCACUCAAAGUACAUGUACAUGUAUACAUGUACCAGUGUUUUGACCACAGCAGUUCGACUGAAUAUUUCCUCGCUGAAAAGGUGCUUAUGGCUUGUGACCCUGACACUGCGAUUUAGUGGGCAAGGCCUAGGGACCUGCUUCUGCGGGAAGACUAGUAGGACGGUAUUUGUCCUUGUUCGCCACGAUGUCUUUAAGCUACAUCGAGCGAGUUCUCAUCAUCGACUUGAUUUCCUUGGCCUGUUUUUUAGUCACUGCAUUGGCGAUAACCUUUUUGCUGAAGAUGUUCGGUUAAGACGAUUGUUGCCUCUAAUUGGUUAAAAGGCGUGACCCAGGCGAAGAGACUGUGUCGCCUGGACAGGAAUUAUCGAGUGAAAUCGACGAGACUCGUAUGAUAAACAUCGGGACAGAUAAAAACUACCAAUCAGUCAACAGAGGGCGUUUAAAUCAGAACCGAGAGGGACAGAGGGAGAGGCAGCGUUAUCAAGGAAAUGGCACAAAAUGAGCCGAUAUUUCUGUAAUUGUAAAUUCCAAAACUGAAACGAGUUGUUUGUCGUUGGAAACAGGAUGAAGAUGACACACGAGGAUUUCUACACACAGUGUCAGCAGUUCUGUAACAAAUAGCGACUCUUGUAGAAUCAUUUCUUAUGAUCUGGCUUCAGCAAUUUGGACCUGAUUCCUGCUUGAAGUUUUACUUUUCGACCAGGUGUCACUUCAGCACCGCACACAGCGGUUGAAUGUUCACCUGUAGUGUCCAGCACCGCACACAGCAGGUGAAUGUUCACCUGUAGGCUGUAGUGGUCUUUUUCCCUUCAAAAAUCCAUAAACUACGGGCAGCGUUUACCGUGGACAUGAACAGAAAGAUGUGUCCUUCCAAAUCGAAGUACAUUGUACAAUGAAAGGGCGGGGUCACUGACGCCCCCUCUCAGAACGCCUAUUUUCCUUGAGAUUUUUGUAUAUUUACUCGAUCCGCUUCUUGAGCAAUGACCAUAUAUUAUCGUCGCCUGUGGAUCAGUGGUCGGUUUUGAAACUUUAACCAUUGUUUGAAAAUUAUUUUAGCCAAGGUGACCGAAUUUUUAUUUUUUAAUCUUUGUAUUUGAGUAGAGCAAUUAUGAAAAUGGUCAGUGAUACAAGUAGGGAUGAAGAAUCAGAGAGCAAACUGCAGAUAUGACAAAAAUGCAUUCUUGCAUAUUCGUCAAAUCUGCAGUUUGCUUGUGAUGCAGUUUGCUAGUGAUGAACUGAAUUUCAUUUUCUAUCUAUUUGUACCUCAGAUAACUCAGCCCACAUUUCAUGCAGGUCACACUUUGCUAGAUCAUCUCCGGGGAUUUGGAACCAGUCUAUUUACUUCCUGUCGUUGUAUAUUGUUGGACCAAAAAUGUAACAAAAAUCUAAUGAUCAUUUUACACAAUUUUGCCAAAAAUCAAUGAGAUUAUUCAAAGGUUCACAAAACUAUAUAUGGAAACAAUUUGAGGUGUCUGAAAAUUGAAACAGACCACCAUAUUGUUUUUGAGCAAGUUAUCCUCUGUCAAUAUGCCAUAUUAAUCUUGUCAAGUUAAUACCACGAUAAUGAUUUGAGGAACCAUUUAGCAGAGGAAACCCCAUGUACGACGGCUGUUUUCAGUAUUGUCUUAAAUCUUGAUGUCAGAGACAAAACGUUUGUGAAUUAGAGUUUAGCAUCAACAACAUAAUAGGCAAACGUCCGGUAGAAAUAAUUAUACAAGUAUUGUCUUAGAUACAUUGCCAACUAAAAUGCUGUUAUAAAAUGGUUUCAAACAUAACAAAACACGGAACAGCCGUCGACGCUAGAAUUUUGGUUAGAGGUCGAGAUCGUUGAAGCAUUACUUCUCUGAAAAGUCUUCUAUAGCAACGCGCGUUAACACGUCGCUAUGUGACGCUGUGGCCGUAUGCUAAUGCUGUUUAAUAAUGGACGGCAUUGAAAAUUACUAGGCCUAAUGCAGCUCAAAUUGUGCGUGCUAUCAUCAUAUUCUGCAUUUUUGUGCUAAGAUGAUUUCCGUGGAGACACCUGGAUCUUUCUGGAGAAGAAAUCUGUCAAAAGAGUGACCGUAUCGGGGUUGACUUUCGGCUCGUCAGACGUGUAGAGAGGAAAAUUGUCUCUCGUUAUUGAUGACUUUACCUGGCAUGAAAGCGACAGGUGUGCCGUCGAACACAAUGCCAGUGCAGCCGGUCUUUGUUCAACUCAAAAUGGCGCUGCAUUGUGUACAGGUAUUCACACGAUUUUAACGUUUCUGCCAGCCACAGGACAGCAUCGCGUUUCAUGUAAAACGAUAAGGGCGAGCACUUUAUUGAGCUAAUAAGAGAUCUGAUUUCUUCAAUUGCUGAAUAUCUGUGCAUCUUGUGACUUAAGAUGGGAACAGCACAGUUUAAUGCGAUGAGGAGAAAGUGUUUUCGGUUGGUUAUUUUUCUGAUGGUUAAAGUAUUGGUUCGAAAUGUUGCGGGCCAGGAGCAACACUUCGUUAAUGAACCUCGAAACACAUACAUUCUACCCGGGGAGAGCGCAACGCUGUACUGCCGCGUGGCUAACAAGACCGGGAUCCUCUUUUGGGAGAAGGACUCCACCAUCCUCUUCAAGGAAAAUGGCCCUGAGGCCGGGCUCUCCGGGCCGUCGACUUCCUGGGCUGUUUUUGGCGAUGCUUCCCAGGGAGAAUACAACCUCCAGCUGUUAGGGGUCAGUAAAAGCGACCAGGGGUCGUAUGUGUGUAUGGUCACCUCCUCCUCAGGUCCCAAGGCGGCGAACCUGACCUCCUCGGAAGCGCUCCUGACCGUCCUGGACCUGCCCACCGACGGGGCUCCCUUGUGCGUGUUAAGCAUUCGGGAUGCACUCACCGAAGACGACGUGGUGGACCUGACGUGUGCCUACCACAGCAACCCCUCCACCGAAACCACGCUGACGUGGGAGAGGCUCAACACGCCCGCCGAUCUCUCCAAUUCUCGGCAGGUAUUGCGAGAUGACGGCUACCUCAUCAAGAGACACACUGUCACACUGAGCGCGCAGGACGACGCCGAUUCCUACCAGUGCAUAGCAUCGUCACCAGGUAAGGAGUCCUCGUCCUGCACCACGGGCUUUCUGAGCAUAAGGCACCGUCCCAUCAUCACCAUCUCCCCCUUGUUUCUCCCGGCCAAGGCGGGCGAUGAUGUUCGCUUCACUUGCAGCCUGACUACAGCGAACCCGCCCACCGUCACUUUUCAGUGGUACUACAGCGGUGCCGCUGUCACCACCUCCUCCACUGGGAUUGACCUCAUCCAGACACCGGGAGGAGAUUCUCAGAUCCUUGUCAACAACUUGGUGGACCAAUUGGGCGGUAUUCCCGUCGUUUGUGAGGCUACAAACGAGGUGGGUUCAACGACAGUUGAAGCUAUGAUAAGCUUUGAAGAAACCCAAAUAGCCACCAUAUCCAGAGAAGAACUCAUCCUCUGGUUGGUGCCCAUGUCAGUGAUGGUAGCGAUCGUGGUUCUGUUGAUCUUCCUUGCCAUAGCGGUGCUGGACUGCCGUCCGUUUUGCCACACCUUCUGCAACAAAAGCCGCCGACCACUCUCUCCCGAUCGCAGUAUGAACAGCACCUGGUCGGCGGCCGAGAACUUCGGCAUGUCGCCAUCACCGAUGGUACGCAGACUGAGCGACGCAGAUUCCACAGACUUUUACGUGACUCGGGCAAUCAGGACAUCGCGCCCGGAUGAUGAUACUCGAGAUAAUAACACCUCGCAUGAGAGCCGAGCACGCUUCGAUCGCAACGCUAACCAUCGUCCGCAGAGAACGCCGUCGCCCAACUAUCGUAACUGUUCUCCCGACGACGGUACCUCUCCACGGAAUACGCAUAUCCCAUCGCAAAACUAUUACCACUCCACCCCAAUUGGUAGACCGCUCAUCAUAAGUGAUGAGUCCAGACGUUCAGGUACCAGGCAUCAUUACGAGCAGCGUCGACCGAGGAAUGAAAGAACGAGGGACCACUAUCGACGCAGCGGCCAGCCAUCCAACAGCGGUAGUCAGCCGGCCGACUCAGAAAUCAGAAGCGCAACACGGAACUCCGCCCUGUCCGAUUCCGGACUGGACUUCAACGCGUCGUGCUCGAUAGACUCCCGGAGUCCCACCCCCCGAGACGACCUUGUCGUGUACGCUCAGAUUAUGCAGAACCGUACUGGCCACAUCGAGUCCGGUCGCAACCAGAGCUCUGCGUCUCGGACGGAGAAUACGUCCUUGGAAUUACCGCCUGGGACCCCGCUACCAUCGAGUUCAACGUCCCACCAGCGUUCAACACUCGACGUACCCACUGAGGGAAUGCAUCGAGCUCAUUCAGUAGAACUCCCCAUGUCGUGAGAACCAUAUAUGUACAUGUACUUGUACUGAGAUUUACUCCUUUGAAAGGAAAGGAUGGGUGUUUAUAACUAAACAUGUUAACAACACGUGUCUGACAGCGUGUCUUUCGCGAACAUCGAUUUGGGUACUUACAUUCUUUCUCACAAUCAGACUACUGCAGUCACAAGGUUUCACAGUCGAAUUGAACUGGCAUCUUUUUAUAAAAUAUUCAAUUGAUCUCGUUUGGAAAAAAGACCGGUACAGUAUUUUUGAGGGAAGAGAACAAAAACAAACAAACAAACAAACAAAAACCCAAAGGCGAUUUUGAUAUUUUGAUGGGCGAAAUAUGAUAUUUUGGGGCUUCGCUAAACCACCAUGUUGGAAAUGUGACACGAAAAGAAAAGGCAUGUAUGUUUAUGAAAGCUAAGCUGUAAGAUGCUUCACUGGAAUACUUAAUUCAGUACCGUGCAAAAGUAAAUUUCAUAAAAUGAUAAGGUCGGUGAGAGUUCUGUUUCCUAACUCGACUGAAGGCAUCGCACCCUAAAAUUUACAUACCUGAGUCUUCAAAUAAUGAAGUUAGCGCAUCACUUCGAAGAAGGAGUUGGGGUAGUUAUAAUCGACAAUGUAAUUCAAAACGCGUGUGUGGGUAUGCAGUAGAAUUGGACGAUAUAGUCAAUUUUUUACAGACAGUUAUACAUGUACGGGAAAAUAAGCUUGUUUAUUGUGGUACUCUUUUCAUGCAAGUUUGCAUUGUCAAUUUUUGGUAUGGUAGUCUAGAGUGACCCGUUUCUUUGAGUUUGUAAUCAUUUGGUCGGUUUUCUUUGCGAAACUUUCACUACAUUGUACAGUUGAUGUAAGUUAUAAAUAUUGCUCUAAUGGUGAGGUUUAUUUGAAACUGAAAUUGCUAUAACAAACGAAUGCUGCGUUUUUAAUCAAAGUGAUGGCAAUAGUAUUUUGCUUGCAUAAUUUGUCAGUUCUUUUGUAGAGUUUUCGAAUUCACAAUAAAUGUACAUUGAACGUAGAGUUUCAAACUAAUGCACAAGUAAAAUGUAAAUGGAAUAUUUUCAGUCUUAUUACAGAUUUGACGAUAUAAUUUUGCAAUUCUGCGUCAUUCUAUAAAUUUGGGGUCCAAAGUGUGACAUUUUUCGGUCCCUGUUCCCUCCGACAUGUAUACCCUCUGAUAUGUUUGAUAAGAAAUGUAUCACUGAAAUUGAUGUCAAACUAUUUUUAUUUGUCUGGCAGGUUAGUUGCAAUACUUAUUCAAUCUUGGAAAACAAUGAGUUCUAAACAUUAAAAAUCAUAUGCCAGACGUAACAAGGACGGGAAAGAAAUUGGACCCCAAAUUUAUAGAAUGACCCAAUUUCGAUCAAAUUUAAAACCAUGAAAAAUCACGCGAUUGUUUUUGUGUCUGCUACUGCUCAAAUUAUGUAAUACUAAUAAAAAUUACAACGUAGUUAUAAAAAACACCCCAUCCCCUUUAAUAUUGGUACACUGCAAUUCGAUUUCUAUUUGCUCUGCUUUUCGAGAAGAUUAUGUGUCAUUGAAAAUAAACAUUUUUGAUAAUUGG